CCAGUCUGUCUUUGAAAGCAAAAUUGACUUUUCACAGUCCUGCAGGAGCAACAUUCACCUGAAGUCUGUUUGUUUUCAAAAUGACCUACAGAGGGAGUCAGUCCUCGGGGACAUGCGUGGAAACCACCAGUAUAAAACCAGAAGAGACCGAUCAAGAUAAAGUCAUUACAGAUGUCAUAUUUGAUAACACCUACGCUGAAAAACCUGGUCCCAAGCCACCUAUGGAAAUCGUUUGGAGAAAUGUUAUUCUGAUGUCUUUGCUGCAUGUAGGAGCUGUAUACGGCAUCUUCCUUGUACCAGCUGCAUCGCUCCCCACAUUGGCUUGGUCAAUUCUGUGUUUCAUGUUGAGCGCUCUGGGAGUGACUGCAGGAGCCCAUCGUCUAUGGAGCCAUCGUUCAUACAAAGCCAAAUUACCUCUACGGAUAUUUUUGGCAAUUUCAAACACAAUGGCUUUCCAGAAUGACAUUUAUGAAUGGGCACGAGAUCAUCGUGGCCACCACAAGUACUCUGAAACAGAUGCAGAUCCACAUAACGCUGCUCGGGGUUUUUUCUUUUCCCACAUUGGAUGGCUCCUUCAAAGAAAACACCCAGAUGUGAUAGAAAAAGGAAAAAGGCUUGAUUUAAGUGAUCUUAGAGCUGAUGGUGUGGUCAUGUUCCAGAGAAGACAUUACAAGAAGUCCAUCUUGGUGAUGUGUUUCAUUGUGCCCACUGUGAUUCCUUGGUACUUUUGGGGUGAAUCAUUUUCGGUGGCCUUCUAUGUCCCAUGCCUGCUGCGCUAUGCAUUAGUCCUUAAUGCGUCAUGGCUUGUGAACAGUGCCGCUCACAUGUUUGGAAACCGACCAUAUGAUAAGAGCAUCAAUCCCAGGGAAAACACUCUAGUUGCAAUUGGAGCCAUAGGUGAAGGUUUCCAUAACUACCAUCAUACUUUCCCAUAUGACUACUCAUCCAGCGAAUUUGGAGUACGGUUAAACCUGACCACAUGCUUUAUAGACCUCAUGUGCCUCUUGGGUUUGGCUACUAACUGCAAGAAGGUAUCUAAAGAAGCCAUCUUGGCUCGGAAAGUGCGCAGCGGUGAUGGAAGCCAUAGGAGUGGCUGAAAUUUAAAAAUGGAAGAAGAAAAAAAAGGAAGAAAAAGAGGAAAUGUGCUAAUAAUUAACAAAUUAAAAAAAACAACAACAACAUAAAAACAAGUGGGAGGCUAAAUAUGAUUACUUUAAUAUAAUCCAACUCAGUGUUAUUUUAAUAGUGUGGUUAAAGUAAUUAUAACCCCACCCUUGGGUGUAUCUUAUAGUUUAUUGCCUCUUUACCCUCCAUUUGCCUUCCCAUGUAUGUCUUCUUCUGAAAUGUUUUAACUUUUACUUGCCUUCUUUGUUUAGUUUGUAUCCUUUGAAUAUUUUUAGUGUUCUUGUUUCUCUGUUGCCUUUUUUGUUCAGCCAUUCAUCUGUCAAUUGCAGUUGAUGCAUAUAUUUCUGGUCUAAACUUGACCUAAACCUACUGUAAAUCUCGUGUUAAAGGGACAGUAAGGCUUCGUCAGAUGUGGCUCUUGUGUUAAUGAAUAUAAUGAGAUAAGUUGAAAUACGUAUGUACGAAUGAUGGAAUAUGCUUGAAUUGCCUUUUACUGCCUUGGUAAGCCCUAAUUUUCAGAAACCAAAUUUAAAAAGUGUGUUAUAUCCACAGCUGAGUUGUGAUAGGCAAAUGAGGCCUUUGAAUAUAUUGAGAAUACUUCAGAAUACAUUGAGGAAAAAUGUAAAAACGUACCAUGGGCAAAAAAAAAGAGAGCAGGCACAUUCCAUCAUUUUUUACAACGCAGUUUGAAUAAUACCGUUUCCUCUCUUUUAUAUACGAUCGAGUUCUUUUUAAGUGUUACUGUCCCUUUAAUCACUUACCAAAACAGCAUCUCUUUCUCUUGAGUUAUUUCACUGACUGCUCUCAGGCGCUCUGCAAAAAAAGGAAAAAAAAUUACCAAUAAGCGAAACUUUUCAAGUGCCAUUUUUAAACAGUUUUUACAUAAGGAAAAAAAAAAGCUAAAGAGUUUUUGUAUCCCAUUUGAUUUGAUUUGCUCUUUCUUGUGCAAAUAGAAAAGGCAGUAGGCAGUUUCUUUGACAGCUUUCAUAUGUUAGCUGUUUGUGCAACCAAUGUUGGACUGAGGUUAGAUGUAAAUAAGUGAAGGAAGACAUUUAAGAAAGAGUAAGCUGUUUUUGAAAUACUGUGGCUGAAUUCUUUUGGAGUUUUUGAGAAUGCUUGUUCUUCUUUCUUUUUAUUUUUUUUCCAACCAACAUUUUUAUUCCAAAUUAAAACAUUUGGAUUCAUUCUUUUUACCCUGUCUGUAUCAUAAGGGAAUUCAGCAGUAGAGAGACUGUGUUUAAUCUCUGAAAUCGGUAGGAUUAUGUUGUGACUUCUUGGCAAAAUUCUACCCAUAAAGUCUUAAUCCCAUGUGUAUGACCCCCUACAAUGAUACUGUGUCAUUUCAUAGAGCAGAAAGAGAGGGCUGCUAGCAUAAUGUAACAACAUUGGCAUAUCCUAUUUAUUUCUUAGAACAGUGUUGUAUAGAUAGUUUUGUUUUGGAGUUGGCAAUUUGCAUAAUUUUAUUUUCAGGAAAAAAUAAUUUCAGAGGCCUUUCCAAGACCGAUAAAGAGUGAAGUGUUUGUUAAAUGCAUUUUUAGCUUUUUUACCUUUGUUUAGGAUGUUCGUAGGAUUUAGAUUUCUUUGAACAGUUGUUUGCGUAGAUGAAGACGAGAGAAUGGUUUGUUUGCAGUCUUAACUGGUAUUAGUACUAUUUAAAUUUGCCAUGGUUACCAAUCAAAUUUAGCACUUUCGACACCAGAGGUUUGAGUUAUGAUGCAAACGGCAGCUCAGUCCUUCUGCACCCAAAGAAUGAAUAUCCACAUGAUAAAUGAAGAGGUAUUCUAUUCUCCUUUACCAAAACUUAUAAAACAGGUAUAUAGCACUUAAUUACCCUGAAGCCUGUUUUUAUUUAUAUUUUGCCGCCCCCUCCCCCUUAUAAAUCUCUCAACAUCAUCAAUUGUUUUCUUAUUGAAUAGCGGUUUUGGUACAUCGUUUUUCAAGUGCCUGCAUUUCCUUUCUAGUUCAUAUAAGCAGACUGAAAAUAUUGCAGUGUUUUGCCCAGUAAAAUUUCAAGUACACCCAUUUGUAAAGUCCAAGCAGGUUAUAUUACAAAGAGCAUCUAAACUAUUAUCUACAUGCAUGUUAAUUAUGUGUCAUGAGAUAUGUCACAGCACAGUGCAUCCUGGCUAAAAUUGGUGUAUGGUAAACUGAGAUUUAAAGGAUCACUUUAGGGUCAGUCCCCCCCCCCCCCCCCCCCCCCACACUUAUAAAAGUUUAAAACUCACCUUAUUUCCAGCACCGCUCUGGUCCCGCUUUGUGACAUCAUCAAAAUAGACGAUUUUUAGCCAAUCUAAUGCUUUCCCACAGGGAAAGCAUUGGAUUGGCUAAAAUUGGCGCGGGGCCAAACGCCAUUUUGGCCAGUCAGGACCUCCUCCUAGAGAUGCAUUGAAUCAGUGUAUCUCUACAAGGAAUAUUCAGCGUCUCCAUGCAGAGCGUGGGGACGCUGAAUGGCAGGGCUGCUUACUGUGCAGCCCUGAGCCAGGAAGCCCCUCCAGUGGCCAUCUAAGGAGUGGCCACUUGGAGGUGUCCCUAGGGGCAAUGUCAACACUGCCUUUUCUCAGGCAGUGUUUACAUGAAAAUGCCUGAAGGGAGCUAUUAUACUCACCAGAACAACUACAUUAAGCUGUAGUUGUUCUGGUGACUAUAGUGUCCCUUUAACAAUAGAUAUUUGAAAAUACAGUUCCUCUUAGACUAUGCCUGGUAUAUUUAGUUUUAAAAACAAUUAAGCUAUAGAUAGAAGAGAGGGUUUCUGCUCAAUAGUGUUAUGUUGUUCCCCAUUUUUGGAGAUAACUCAGUUCUAUUCAGUAAGCAACCAAAACCAAUAUCUAGUGAUGAGUUGAACUUUUCGCAAUAAUGAGAAAAGGAACAUAGAAUACAGACUAUAAUACAGUAUAAGAAUUAUACAGUAAAUAGUCAUUACAGAUUUCAGAUUAGUUCAUCAACCAAAAUAUUUUAAAUCUAGGAUUUAAAUAUUUGUUAUGAUUUAUGCCUGUUUUUGAAGAAAUAGUUCAGUCUUAACCCCUCAAGGACACAUGAUGGUAAUUUUCCGUCAUGCUUGUUUUUCACAUAAGGACACAUUAUGGAAAAUGUCCAUCAUGCAGUGUUUAACCGCCAAGGACUGCUUUCCUGCUGGUAACUGGGAACCACAAGUAUUAUUUGAUUCCUGGGUCUCCCCUCGUUUUUAGUGGCCUAGACUUUCUGAUGAGCUGCAUGCAGUGCUGAAUAUCCGUGAUUUUUAUUAUAUUGGUGCAUAACAAGUUUACAAAAUAAAUAGCUAAAUUACAACGUAUGUCUACAUAAAUGCAAAAAUAAAACAAUAUGAUAAAAUUUGAAAGAAACUGUUGCUAAAGUGACUGAAUAAUAAUGCUCAAAAUAUACCAUUGACCGUAAAAUAGCUGCAUAAAAAGUGUCAAAUUAUGUAAGCAUAUAGCCUGUUAUAUAAAGUCUGUCUGCUUUAUAUAAACAUACUUUUGUGCGACAAUUUAGUUUUCUCUGUUUGCUAUUAAGCUUCUAAGACAAACAUACCAAAUUCUAAAAAUCGAAACAUUGAAAUGUUAUAUUUUGACUAGUAACUACCAAAAAUAAACCAAAAUCCUAUACAUAUUAUAUACUUUUUUAAAUUCAGGACAACUAAAUAAUUUAAUUUUGAAUUACUUUUCUUAAGCUGCACUAAUUGUGCAUAUGUUAUUAUUGUCAAAAUUGU